AGUAAAGAUAAGUGCUAAAUGAUAACGAUUUGCAUACACUUUUAUACAAAGGCUAAAUUGGUAUCAAUCAAUUACUCAUUUCUAGAUUGUCAGGUAUGCAUUUAUUGGAUGCACUCUCUAUUGCCAAUUUCCAUAGUCCUGAUUCUUAAAUCAAAGAACAUUUGUUUAAAACAGUCAAAUAGAACUACAAGUCCGAUUAAGAACUUCCAAAAUUAAUUUAGAGAUAUGAAUUAACUCUUGCAAUUGUAGAAAGCGAAUCACUUAAUGCAAAAGUAAAUUUUAAUCACAAAUAAAUUUUUAGUAAUAUAUUUCUCUAUAUGCAACAAUUAUGAAAACUAAGAUUAAGGAAUUCUUCACAAAUUAGAAACAUCAACUCUUUUGUAAUGUUUAUGUUCCUUCAAAAUUUACCAGAACUCUAACAAUAUUUUGUUAUAACCCAAAUAUGACAGGAUAUUUAGCCUUAGUUACAACUGAUCAAAUGAAUACAUUAAUUGCUAUGGAAGAAAUGAUGGCUUAGAUAGACACAUAAUAAUAAGAGAAUUUCUACUCAUUUGAUUAGAUUUUCGAAGAUGUAAUUCUAAAUUUUAAUUUUAGAAUAUAGCAACUUAAAUCAAUGUUACUCCAGAAAAAGAUUAAUAAAAAUUGGUAAGAAGACAUAAAAAGUCACUAUCAGAGCACUAAAUUUUUGAUUUUUAGAGGGAAUAAAAGGAAUAACAAAUAAUCACUUAAAUUUAAUCACUUCCUUAAGAUAAAGCAUGUAAUAUAUUAAUUUAUUUAUAGUGUUUUUUUCAUAAACAAAGUAAUAAACUUUUCUUUAAGACGAUUAUUAGUUCCCUUCUUUAGAUUAAAUAAAUUAAUUGAAAGCAUUUCCUAUUUAGGAUGAUAAGAAAAAGAUUGAAUAACAAUCAUAACCAUAUUAAUAAUCAUACAUUUAAUAGAGAUUAGAUGAAGGAAUUCCAAAUAUAGAUGAUUUAGAAUUCUUUCCCCCUUUAGAUUUAGUUUCAACUGCUAGUUGUCCUUCAUUAAAUAACAAAUUAAUGAUGACAGAUUAAAAGAAAUAAUCUUCAAAUCCAAUUUAUACUGGAAGACUGAAAUUUUUUGAUGAAUAAAAGAAUUAUGGUUUUAUAGUUAUGGAUGAAGAUAAAUCUGAUAUAUUUGUUCAUUUAGAUGAUUUACAAAAGGCUGGAGUUACAAAAGAGAUUUUAAAGACAUCAAAAUAAGGCUCAUUGUUAAGGUAUUUUAGAGGUUUAUUAUAUAGGUUUUAAUUUAAUUGUAUGGUAUAUGUUGGAAAAUAUAAAAAAUCAAGGAAAGCUGUUGAAUUGAAAUUACUAGCGAACUAAUAGGUUAAUAAUUUUAAGGGAAUUGCCUGA